AAAUUUUGAAGUUUUGACACAAAUAUUCAGUGGACGUGGAGCAAUGGCCUUCUCACAUUUUCUCCCCUUUUCAAUACGCUUCCUUUCUCUCUUCUGCAAAACUCGAAGACGAAGACCGAGUACUCAAAAAUGGCAGCAACUUUAGCAAUUGCAUUGAAGAGUCUCUUCUCUGUGUUGGGAUGUUUGAUUACAGCCACCGUAAUAUACACCGUCGCCACUGAUGGCCUCCCUUUCCGCAUAGAACUCCUCACCCCGUGGAUGGCAGCUACCCUGAUAGAUUUCUACAUCCACAUAUUUGUUAUAUGGUCCUGGGUUGUCUACAAGGAAUCAAACUGGAUUACUGCAAUACUUUGGGUGGUCUUGCUAGUAUGUUUAGGAAGCAUUGCUACAUGUGGCUACAUCGUAUUGCAAUUUCUUAAGCUUUCAACUCAAGAAUCUUUACAGGAUCCAAUUUAUUUUGUCCUAUUACGACGUCAGGAAAAGACUGAAACAGAACAACAGAGGAAAUGUUCUCUUUUAACUGCAAGAAUUCUAUUUCCUGCUUUGGGCUGUCUGAUGCUAGGGACAUUGAUUUACACCAUUGUAACUGAUGGUUCUCCAUUUCGCAGAGAUGUUUUUACUCCGUGGCUGACAGCAACAGUAAUUGAUUUCUAUGUCGGUGUUGUGGCUCUCUUGGUUUGGGUUGCAUAUAAGGAAUCAAGUUGGCUGAGUGCAGCUUUAUGGAUAAUACUUAUAAUUUGUUCUGGCAGCAUCAGCACAUGUGCCUAUAUAGCUCUUCAGCUUUUCAAUCUCUCAUCUCAAGAUCCCGUCUACCUUGUUCUUUUCAGCAGCAGCAGCAACAGGGCAGAAAAAGGGUAUGAAGGAACAUUUCGAACAGAGAGCAUUGGAGAGGGUCAAUUGAGGAAGAAGCUUUGUGGUUGAUUUGCUUUUAAUUUCAUAAUUGGACUCUUUCAUCAUUUUUAUCUUUGUAGCAAAUAUGCUAAAUAAUAAACUUCUAAUGUAUACAUGUUUGUGUAAAAGAAUCAAAAUCUUCUGUGAUAAUUAUUUUGUGGGAAAAUAAUGCAUUGAUAUUAUUGAU